AUCAGAUGUAAAAAUGCAGUAAAGCUUGCAAGUUUUGGCGUACGAAAACGCCAGCCCAAUAUGUGUCACAAGUUUUUACAGGAUAGUAAAGGCAAUAACCGAUUGCACCUGCAGACACAGGAUAACGAACACUAGGCAUGUAAUAGCAUUGUUAUAGAUAGCGCGUUGUAUUUAUUUAUUAUUGAAACUGAAUUUAAACAAGUAAACCGCAUUAGAAGUAAUUUUUUUAACAUGGAGGAAAUAGAAGACGAUAACGAUAUACCUUCCUCCAGCCAUGGAAAAUACAUUUCGGCAGCCGAAAUAAAGAGCAUGUGGAAUCUAAUAAAAAUUUCAGCGAAUCUAGGUACGCCUGAACAAUGUGUAAAGUUCGCAGAGGGCAGCGGUCUCAUAUUGCGGUCAAAACUGUGCGGUACACACAAAAUACCAAUGAGUCAUAGAAUCCGUGGAAAUAGUAUACUUGGUACAUUCAGAUGCCGCAAAGGCUCUUGCCGAAAUAAAAGUGGAUUUUCAAGAGCUAAGGGAACCUGGUUUGAAAAUUCCAGACUAUCCCUACCGCUCAUAUUUUACCUUAUGUAUUGUUAUGCUCAUAACUGGCCUCAUGCUUCAGUGCGUUUGGAGAAUUUCGUUGGCGACUCGGUCUUGUCAAGUGAAACAAUUACGGACUGGUACAACUUCUGCCGUGAAGCGGUCGUUUGCUACCAGACUGACAAGCAGGAGGCUAUAGGAAAAAUUGGUGGUCCUGGCAAGAAAGUGCAAAUCGAUGAGAUUAAAUUUGCUAAGCGCGACCAAAAUAAAGGCGGUAAAGUGGAGGGUCACUGGCUACUGGGUAUAAUAGAGGACGGCAGUGAAGAUCUCAGGUUAGAAUCGUGCUAUGACGAAUUUCGUUCUGUGCAGGUGAUUUUACCCUUAAUUAAAAAACAUGUGGAGGAAGGCACAACUAUACGUACAGAUUUUUGGGAGAGUUGCGAUUCGUUGGUGAAUAGUGGGUAUCAGUACCAAAAAGUUGAUUCGGACAAACAUCAAAGGAUUGACUCUCAGUGGAGGGUUGUAAAACGCUUUUAUUAUAGAAAUAAUAUUAAAAAUUCAAGCAAUUUUGCAGAUAUGAUUGUAGAGUUUUUGUGGCGCAAAUCCAUUUCUCGAAAACACGGAGAUCCAUUUGUGAAACUAAUAGAAGCUAUUAAAUAUUCAUUCAAACCGUAAUGAAAGGCGAUUUACUAGGAUUACUUUUUUUUUUUUUUUUUGGAUGGCAGAACAAAAUUAAACUAAGCCGUAAGAUAAACGAGUUUAGAAAAUAAUUUCACGUAAUUGCACUUAUUGAAAAUGUUAUAUUAUUAUUUUAAUAUUAUUAAACAGUCGCCAAAAAUUGUUGCUGGAUUGGAAGGCUGUGACGGGUUAAAUCCUAUCUUAACACUGGCACAAAUAUGGAGAAGAUUUAUUUUACAUUAAGCAUUUUUUUUAUUUCAUAUUUUUUAAAUUUUAUUAUUUUUA